AAAAUAUGUGUCACGUGGCUGCAGUCCCUCCAAAAGCUGACAAUGACCUAGUUCCCCCUUCUCUUGCUGAGCUCUCCAUCUCUCCAAAUAUUCAUCAGAAGUGGGCGUAGGCUAGGUGGCAGCAUCACCCAUCAGGCACCACACUAGGUCUGCUGCUACCUCUCCUGCACUCACUAUCACACUGGAGAGAGGGAGACAAGCGGGACAAGAGAUAGAGUGUGCAGGAGAAAAAGAGGGAGGAGGAGAGAAACAGAGGGAGGGUGUGUGUGAGAAAGAGAGACUGUAAGGGAAGCCUAGCUAGGAGGAAGAGAGCAAAAAAGGAAGGGUAAAAGAGAUAAGGGGGCUAAACGAACAACAGGAUGGCAGAGCCGGAGCUGAAACCAUGGAGCAGCCAGGAGAGCUUGAAGACGGCAACUGAGGGUCAGGAGAAGAUGGAGGCUGAGGCGGCUCCGGACAACCCUGACCAGACUCCGUCGCUGGACAAGCCUCCAUUCAAGCUUGCCUCCCCAUCCACCCCUACCCCUACGGCUGCCAACGCAAUGGAAGCCACCACCCCUACCGCAGAGGCCUCCAUCCCAGCCAAGGUGGCAGGCGGCAAGAUUGAACUGAAGCGCAGCAUCACGCUCUUUAAUGGUGUGGGCAUGAUCAUUGGCACCAUCAUCGGCUCGGGCAUCUUCAUCACACCCACCGGGGUGGUUAAGGAGGCGGGCUCGGCCGGUCUUUCGCUAGUGGUGUGGGCCGUGUGUGGCGUGGUGUCCACCAUGGGCGCCCUAUGUUAUGCCGAGCUCGGUACCACCAUUACCAAGUCGGGCGGAGACUACACCUACAUCCUGGAGGUGUACGGUGAGCUGGCCGCCUUCCUCAAGCUGUGGGUGGAGAUGCUGAUCAUCAGGCCGUCCUCCCAGUACGUGGUGUCGCUGGUGUUCGCCACCUACCUGCUCAAACCCCUCUACCCAAAUUGCAGUGUGCCCGAUAGUGCCGCCAAGCUCAUCGCUUGUCUCUGCCUCACAUCGUUGACCUUUGUGAACUGCAUCAGCGUGCGGGCUGCCACCAAGGUCCAGGACUUGUUCACUGCGUCCAAGCUCCUGGCCCUGAUCAUCAUCAUCGUCUUCGGCUUCAUUCAGAUCGGAACCGGUGAUGUGCCAUACCUGACACCAGAAUUAGCAUUUGAAGGCAGCAAAUGGGGAGUCGACAACAUUGUGUUGGCUCUAUACAGUGGACUCUUUGCCUUUGGUGGCUGGAAUUACCUGAAUUACGUGACAGAGGAAAUGAUCAAUCCAGAGAGAAACCUGCCCCUGUCCAUCAUUAUCUCCAUGCCCAUUGUGACCGUGGUGUACGUACUGACCAACCUGGCCUAUUUCACCACUAUCCCCCCGAGUGUGAUGGUUGAGUCCGAGGCAGUAGCUGUGAUCUUUGGGGAAUACCAUCUUGGUGUGAUGUCCUGGCUCAUCCCUGUCUUCGUGGGCCUGUCCUGCUUCGGAGCUGUCAACGGAAGCUUGUUCACCUCGGCACGGCUGUUUUAUGCUGGCGCUCGAGAGGGUCAGCUCCCUGCUGCACUGGGAUUGGUCCACACUGACCUCUUCACCCCAGUGCCCUCCCUAAUUUUCACAUGUUUCCUGUCCAUGCUUUACGCCCUGUCCAAGGACAUCUUCUCGGUCAUCAACCUGUUCAGCUUCUUUACCUGGCUGUGUGUGGGCAUGGCGAUCGCCGGCUUGCUGUGGCUCCGCUGGACCAAGCCAGAGCUCAGGAGGCCCAUCAAGAUUUGGUUGGUGGUCCCUGUGGUGUUUGUGCUGGGCUGUGUCUUCAUGAUCGUGGUGUCCUUCUGGGCAGCUCCCUUCGAGUGCCUGAUAGGCAGUGGGAUCAUCCUCACCGGUAUCCCCGCCUAUCUUCUGGGGAACAAGUGGAAGAAGCCCCACAUUGUAAAGAAGAUCUUAGAGAUCUUUACUCUGUUCUGCCAGAAGAUUUUUAUGUCCGUUCCAGAAGAACGUGAAGAGAAGGAGUCAGCUGAAGUAGCUGAAGAAGUCGAAACAACAAAGGAUGACUGAGUCAAUGUUUUAGUUGGAACAUUACAUGUUUACACUCAUUGUUGCUUUUGUUACAGAGUUCCAUGACUCUUGGUAAAGUAGGGGUUUAUGCGAAUUGCUUCGGUGUACAUAUUUUGUAUUUUACAUGCAUUUUCUUACUGUAUUGUCUCUUUGUACUCUCUCCAGCAAUUCAAUUCCCCUUUUCAGUCAUAUAGUUUACUUUCGAACUUUUUCAAAUUUUUCCUAAACUAACCUUUUUUACUUUUCAUAUGUUUUAACCUAUUUUGCACAGUUUGCAAUAGGCCUGAAUUAAUCUAAAAAAAAAAUUGAAAAUGUAUUUCUUUUAACAAAAGUAAUGUGUUGGUAUGUUCUCUAGACAAUCAUCCAAGCAUCUUUGAUAAUGCGUACAAUACCCUGCUUUGUCUUAAAAUGGUCUUCAUCUAACUAAAGAUAAUUGCAUAUUUUGACUUUUGAAUUAUGUAACUAUUAACCCCCACUUUAACUGACGGUAUGUCUUUAACUCAGUGUAGUUGAAGGAACUAGCUACUGGUUACCUAAGUUGAUUGAACAAUGGCCAUCAAUCUAUGAUACACCCAUUAAUUUAUUCAGGUAACUCAUACCACACAUUCUGUAAACUACCUUAUUUUCCCUUUGACAUGAUUGCACUCAUGAUAACAAUUUACAAUUCAAAUGUUAACAUCUAUUUGUGCACUGUAUUGCUACAAUCAGUUUUAAAUCCAUUGUUUGGAACACAUAGUUAUUUCCCAUUCUCAAAUUCACUUUAAAACAUUUUCAAAUCAUUAACUAAUUUAUUUGACAGAUUACUAUUCGAAGCACAUUUGUGCAAAGUGGAUUUCUGAUAUGAUAUCUGUUCUGAUGUGUUGCCUUAAGAUUGUCACACAAGUCAGUUGCUUGUAUUGAUACCCAAUGCCCUGUAUACAUAAAGGCAUGUCAAACCAUGCCUUUAUGAAAUCUUCGUAAACAUUGUUUUAUGUCAUGGUUUUAUGCCAGCAGUUAUGAAUAUGGCAUUAAGCCUGUCAAUUUUCUUUGUCUCUACUUGCUACCGGUUUCCAUACAUUUUAUUACCAUUAUAUUCGGCGAUUACAUUUGAUAAAUGUUUUUUUAUUGUUUGUACAGAUACCAUGCCAGAAAUGUGAUUAUCAACAUUCAGCCAACAUGACAAUUUUGCUACUGAUGUAUACUUUUGUCAUGUUGUGAGCAUCAUAAGUGGAUAUUGAAGGGUCUUUUCUCUUCGAAUGAGCGAUUACUGCAAGUACAGAUCUAAGAUCAGCUUUCCCUACCCCAGUCCAAACCUUUUCUGACCCCAAGCCAGACCAGUUCAAGCCAAAAACAAACAAACAAAACACCUAAGGGCACUGUACAAUCCGUAUCGCUGACGCAUUACAGAUUUAGCAUUAGAAAUGUGAAGGUAAUUUCUGAUUGAGCCGACAUAUCCAGAGUUUACCAUGAAUGCCAUCUCUGCCAACACGGGAACAUUGCCUUUACAUUUUUGUUGGGCUUUAGCACUACAUUUCCGCGAUAUGGGUGGAAUAGAGUCUUAAUGAAAUUCUGGAGGCACAAAAUAUUAGCACAAACAUGUACAUGUUACUGAAUUAGGGACACAAUGCAGUAUAGAAUGUUAACUGCUCCUAUUAUUAUAAAAAAAUAUUUUCCUCAUUGAAUUCUUGAAUUGCUAGGAAGGUAGGGACAAUAGCACAAUAGGUCACUGCACUUACAGAAAGCACAAACCGUGAAGUAACUUGACAGGCACAGAGUUUACAGAUAGAGUAAACAAGGAAGUAUAGGGAAUAGGGACAUUCAAAUAGAUUACUGAUAUCUUUGUCUUGUAAGAGUAUAUUCAUGACUGACAGCAUGAAGGAGAAACUGUCGGGGUACCUUCAUAUUUUUGUGGCCCAAAAUGACCGCACAACAUAGUUCAGGUGUGUACAAAGUCUUGCGUAUUAUGUACGGUAAAGCCUUUGAAUGUAUUGAAUGUUAUGGUAAAAUACUUUUUAUUAUUUGAAUCGGAAGAAACAAUUGUACCUCUGUCAGCUAUUGUGACUUAAAUGUCAGUGACCAUGAUGGGUAUGUACCAUUAAACUAUUUUUGUUCAAAA